AUGGGUCGCCCCGGACGCGCCGCGGCGAAGCGGUACGCGUUCCACACGGAGCAGAAAUCGCUCGAGCGCACGUUUGAAAACAUCGAGCCGUCCAUCAUCGCGGAGGUGCUCGCGUCGCACAACGGGAACCUGGACGCCGCGGCGACGGACUUGGUAUCCAUGGACUUGACCGGAUACGCGCUCGCGGCGAGCGCGGGCGCGAACGGCUCGGGGAAAUCGUCCCCCGACGGAGGCAGCCCGUCCGACGCCGACGGAUCGAAGAAGGCACCCGGGGACGCGUCGUUCUGGAACGACGUCCUCGGCGACGACGAGACGCUCGCGGAGGGCGACGUCGACGAGGACGACGCGCCGUGCGCGACCGCGGUCGCGAUCGACGGCGUCACGCCGUACGCGUCCUGGUCGCCGACGCAGUGGAGCGCACUGUCGAGCGACGCGCCAGAUCUGAGUCGCGACGUCGAGAAACUCGUCGGAUGGCGAUUCGCCUCCUCCUCCUCCUCCUCCUCCGACGCCGCGCGCGGCGCGCCGAGCAAGAAGGCGAAGACGUCGAAGCGAACGCCGACGAAGGAGAAGGAAGACGCCGCCGACGCGACCGACGUCGUCGACGGCGACGACGUCGAGAUCCUCGUGAAGUGGAGAGGACGCGCAGCGGCGCGCUGCGCGUGGGUCCCCCUCGCCGCGUUGACGUCGUCGCUCGCGCUCGCGUCGCAACGCGUCGCGAAGUUUUGGCAGAGCUACCCGCGCGCGAACGGCCCGGUCGUCGCGGUGACGCGGGAGAGCAUGACGUACGACAGAGUGAUCGCCGUGCGCGCGUACGAGAUCGAGCCCGCGGAGGGCGCGGACGCGGACGCGUCCGCGCCGGCGGCGGAGAAGAACUACGCGCUCGUGAAAUGGGGCGGGGGGUUGGGCUACGAGGAGGCGACGUGGGAGCCGGAGGACGACGUCCGCGCGGCGACCGCGUUAGGGGGCGCGGCCGCGCUGGAGAAGUACGCGGAGAUUUUCUCCAGGAGAGACGCGAAGACGACCGCGCGAACCGCGACCGUGAUCGAGACGAAGACGAUCGGCGACGACGUCGAGUGCGCGCGCGCGUGGUACGGCGGCGAAGGCGACGUCUUGCGCGGGUACCAACGCGAGGGCGCGCGGUGGAUGGCGCACAACGUCGUCGUCGCUCGGCGCGGGUGCAUCCUCGCGGACGAGAUGGGUUUGGGGAAGACCGCGCAGUCGCUCGCGCUCGUGGAUUACAUCCUGCGUUGCGAGCGCGCGACGCCGAACCCGCGCGUGGCCCCGCGCGGCCCCGCGCUCGUCGUCGUCCCGCUGAGCACGCUCGUGAACUGGGAACGCGAAGCGGCGCGGUGGGCCCCGGGCGCGUACGUCGUGUCGUACGUCGGCCCUCCCGCGGCGCGCGCGCUGGUGCGCGCGCACGAGCUGACGUACGACGACGACGAAGUCACCGAAGACGCCGAAGACGUCAUGAGCGGCGCGACGUACAAGGCGGACGUCGUGUUGACGACGUACGAGAUGGUGCAGGCGGAUCGAAGCGCGCUGUCGAAAAUACCGUGGAGCUGCCUCGUCGUGGACGAGGCGCACAGGCUCAAGAACAGCGGCGGGCGCGCGGCGAGGGAUCUUCGCACGCUCGACUUCGCGGGCAGGGUCGUCCUCUUGACCGGGACGCCGCUGCAGAACGAUACCGCGGAGCUGUGGAGCCUCCUGAACUUUGUCGACGCUCAGCGGUUCGCUUCGAAGGAGGAUUUCGAGAAGAAGUUUGGCGCCGUGAAAGCCGCGGGUCAGGUCGAAGCGCUGCACAAGGUCUUGGCGCCUUAUCUCCUUCGCCGUCUAAAGUGCGACGUCGAGCACAAACUCCCGCCGCGCGUGGAGACGCUCAUCGAGUGCGAGCUCGCGCCGUUGCAGAAGAAGUGCUACCGUGCGCUGUUCGAGCGAAACUUUUCGUUUUUACGUCAAGGCUGCGGCGAUGCCCGCGCGCUCGCGAACUUUACCAACCUCAUGAUGGAAGUCCGCAAGUGCUGCCAGCACCCGUUCCUGCUCGACGGCGUCGAGGAAGCGUUCGCGACGCAGCAAGCCGCGCGACUCGCGAAGCCGAGGACGACCGCGACCGCGGCGCAGCUCGUGAACUGCUCGGGGAAGCUCCAGCUCUUGGAUAAGCUGCUCCCGCGGCUGAAAGCGGGCGGGCACCGAGCGCUCAUUUUCAGCCAGAUGACGCGCGUCCUGGACGUCCUCGAGGAUUACUGCCGCAGCCGGAAACACUCGUACGAGCGAUUGGACGGCGGUGUCACCGGACGCGCGCGCCAGGCUGCGAUCGACCGGUUCUGCGACGGCGGCGGCGGCGACGGCGGCGGCGAAAACGCCGCCGGAGCCGGAGACGACGACGGCGCGUUUCUGUUCCUCCUGUCCACCAGAGCGGGCGGGCAAGGGAUCAACCUCGUCGCCGCGGACACCGUCAUCGUGUUCGACUCGGACUGGAAUCCGCAGAACGACGCGCAAGCGCUCGCGCGCGCGCACAGGAUCGGGCAAACGAAACCCGUGCAAGUGUACCGCCUCGUCAUGCGCGCGACGUACGAGAGAGAGAUGCUCGACCGCGCGGCCAUGAAGCUCGGUUUAGAGCAAGCGAUCUUUGGCAUGGGCGGCGGCGAUAACGGUAAGGGCGAGGACGCGAGAGACGCCGCGGGCGCGCGCGCGGAGAUCGAGCGGCUCCUGAGACACGGCGCGUACGGCGCCCUGGGCGAGGACGCCGCGGAGGGCGAGAGACGAACGAACGAGUGGAACGCCGGCGGCAUCGACGACAUCCUCGCGAGAUCCGAAAGAAGAGUCGUGGAAGCGUCCGAGGUGAGCGCGAACGCGGACGCGGACAAGAGCCUCUUCGCGACUGCGACGUUCGGCGGCGACGGCGAUGAGAUCGAGCUCGACGACCCGGACUUUUGGACGAAGCUCAUGCCGGAGGCCGCGGCGAAGGCGGAGCGAGACGCCGCGCUCGAGGCGAUUCGCGCCGCGGAGGAGGAGAAGUCCUCGAAGGAGGUUCGUAAACCCCGCGUCGUCGUGAAGAAGUUCGAGUGGUCGUGGCCGGAACGCAAACGCGUGAUCCAGACGCUGUCGACCUACGGCUUCGGGCAGUGGGAGUCCGUGCGGAACGCGGCGAAGGACAAGCUCAACGCGGACAAGACGAUCGCGCACGUCGCCGCGUUUUGCCGUCGGUACGCGCUCGAAGCUGCGCGGACGUUACCGGACGACGCGUGCCCUUUCCUCCUCGCCGCGGCGAUGAAACCCGCGGGUUUGGACGAGACUUCGCUCCCGAACGACCGCGGCGGCGAGGAGAUGCUGAACAACGUCUUCGCGGAGGUGCUGUUCGCGUCGCACGUUCGCGGUCGCGCGGCAGAGGACGUCGCGCGACUCGAGACGCUGCAGCCGCUCUCGGACGCGGUCGCGGACGCGGGGGGGAUCGCGAGCGCGCUGAAGUCGACGUCGUGGCUGACGCGCAGAGCGGAGGUGAGGGAGAUGUACGGUCCGCACGCGCCCGAGCCUCCGGCGGCGUGGUGGAACGAGACGUGCGAUCGCGCGCUGCUCCUCGGGACGCUGAAGCACGGGUACGGAAAAUUCGAUUUGAUUCGCGCGGACGAGACGCUCGGCCUGGGCGCGAUCUGCGACGCCGCGAUCGCGGCCGCGGAGGGACCGUCGACGCCGGAGAGCGAACCGAUGGAGGAGGACGUCUCCCCCGGAGGGACGCGUCGGUCGAAGCGGAAGCGCGCGCCGAUCGACGCGGACGCGAAGGAGAACGCGAAGGAUGGAAACCAAAUCCCGACCGACGACGACGGCGACGACGCAGGGAAACUGGUCGAAGACGCGCCGACGACGGUCGCGGAGUGGCCGCUCUCGCGCGUCCUGAGCCUGCGCGUGCGGCGCAUGUGCUCAGCCCUCGGCGGAAAACAAGUCGCGGUGCCUCCCGCGCCGAAGCUUCCGAAGCCCCCGCGCGCGCCCAAGACGGGCGGCGGCGGGGGCGCGCGCGGCGGCGGUCCGCGCGCCAACGCGGGCGGCUCGGUCGAUAAGAUCGCGCGCGCGAAGGCACAGGUCGACGCGCUUCCGCGCUCUCGCGACGGCGUCGUGAUCAUGCCCGUCGGCCCCAUUCACGGCGUCACCGUGGAAUCACUCGGGGAAGUCCAGCCCCCUGAUUCCGCGGGGUUCCACUCCGCGGCGUACAUCCUCCCGGUCGGGUACAAGACGUCGCGGUCGUACAUGCGGUGCGACGACCCGAACGGCGAGCGGACGCGGUGGACGCAGGAGAUCGUCCACGGCGUCGACGGCGCGGACGGUCCUUGGUUCAAGCUGACCGCGGACGAGGGCAUGGACGAGCCGAUCCUCGCGAAGAGCGCGACCGCGGCGUGGGCCGAGGUCUUAAAGCGCGUCACUGCGGCGAGGGAGGCGCUGGGGGAGACGGCGAAGAAGACGGCGAUCAGCGGGCCGGAAUUUUUUGGGUACUCGCUCCCGCACGUCCGGCUGCUCAUCGAGGAGCUUCCCGGGGCGAGCGAGUGCGCGGAGUACAUGCCGCUGCUCGAACGCGCGGCGACGGUGGAGGCGGCGGGGGAUGGCGCGGCCGCGGCGGUCGUGGACGAACCCGCGGCGUGA